AUGGACAGUCAGGAGACACUAGACAUGCCUGGUCUGGGCAUGGAGAAGACAACAGGACAGAAUCCACUAGGACUGCAAGAAGGGGAUCCAGUGUCAACACAUGCAGGAUCGUCUCGAGGCCAGUCUGGAUCUCAACAUGAAGAGUCAGGAUCCACAGCUAAAGGGACACAGGGAACCACUCGUGGACAGUCAGGAGACAUCAGGGGACAAGCUAGGUCUGGGCAUGGACAAACCACCAGAACAGAAUCCAGUAGAACUACAAGAAGACGAUCUAGUGUCAGUGACUCCAUUGACACUGAAAGACACUCAGGAGUCGUGCAGGCACACGCAGGAUCCCCUUAUGGCCACUCUAGAUUUCAACAUGGAGAGUCAGAAUCCACAGCCAAAGGGACACAGGGAACAACUCAUGCACAGUCAGGAGACACCAGUAGAGAUGCUCAGUCUGGGCAUGGACAACCCACCAGGACAGAAUCCUCUAGGACUGCAAGAAGGGGAUCAAGUGUCAGUGAGUCUAGUGACACUGAAAGGCACUCAGGAGUCACACAGACAGACACAGGAUCCUCUCAUGCCCACUCUGGAUCUCAACAUGGAGAGUCACAAUCCACAGCUAAAGGGAGACAGGAAACUACCCAUGGACAGUCAGGAGACACCAGACAUGCUGUCUCCGGGCAUGGGCAAGCAACUAGGACCGAAUCCAGUAGGGCUGCAAGAAGAGGAUCUAGUGUCAGUGAGUCCAGUGACACUGAAAGGCACUCAGGAGUCGCACAGAAACAUGCAGGAUCCUCUCAAGACCAAUCUGGAUCUCCACAUGGAGAGUCAGGAUCCACAGCUAAAGGGACACGGGAAAAAACUCAAGGACAGUCAGGAGACACCACUAGACAUGCACAGUCUGGUCACGGACAAGCCACCAGGACAGAAUCCAGUAGAACUACAAGAAGGGGAUCCAGUGUCAGUGAGUCCAGUGACACUGAAAGGCACUCAGGAGUCCCACAGACACACGCAGGAUCCUCUCGAGGCCAGUCUGGAUCUCAACAUGGAGAGUCAGGAUCCACAGCUAAAGAGAGACAGGGAACUACUCAUGGACAGUCAGGAGACACUAGACAUGCCUGGUCUGGGCAUGGAGAAGAUAACAGGACAGAAUCUACUAGGACUGCAAGAAGGGGAUCCAGUGUCAGUGAGUCUAGUGACACCGAAAAGCACUCAGGAGUCCCACAGACACAUGCAGGAUCGUCUCGAGGCCAGUCUGGAUCUCAACAUGAAGAGUCAGGAUCCACAGCUAAAGGGACACAGGAAAAAACUCAAAGACAGUCAGGAGACACCACUAGACAUGCACAGUCUGGUCAUGGACAAGCCACCAGGACAGAAUCCAGUAGAACUACAAGAAGGGGAUCCAGUGUCAGUGAGUCCAGUGACACUGAAAGGCACUCAGGAGUCCCACAGACACACGCAGGAUCCUCUCGAGGCCAGUCUGGAUCUCAACAUGGAGAGUCAGGAUCCACAGCUAAAGAGAGACAGGGAACUACUCAUGGACAGUCAGGAGACACUAGACAUGCCUGGUCUGGGCAUGGAGAAGACAACAGGACAGAAUCCACUAGGACUGCAAGAAGGGGAUCCAGUGUCAGUGAGCCUAGUGACACCAAAAAGCACUCAGGAGUCCCACAGACACAUGCAGGAUCGUCUCGAGGCCAGUCUGGAUCUCAACAUGAAGAGGCAGGAUCCACAGCUAAAGGGACACAGGGAACCACUCGUGGACAGUCAGGAGACAUCAGGGGACAAGCUAGGUCUGGGCAUGGACAAACCACCAGAACAGAAUCCAGUAGAACUACAAGAAGACGAUCUAGUGUCAGUGACUCCAGUGACACUGAAAGACACUCAGGAGUCGUGCAGGCACACGCAGGAUCCCCUUAUGGCCACUCUAGAUUUCAACAUGGAGAGUCAGAAUCCACAGCCAAAGGGACACAGGGAACAACUCAUGCACAGUCAGGAGACACCAGUAGAGAUGCUCAGUCUGGGCAUGGACAACCCACCAGGACAGAAUCCUCUAGGACUGCAAGAAGGGGAUCAAGUGUCAGUGAGUCUAGUGACACUGAAAGGCACUCAGGAGUCCCACAGACACACGUAGGAUCCUCUCAUGCCCACUCUGGAUCUCAACUUGGAGAGUCAGGAUCCACAGCUAAAGGGAGACAGGGAACUAUUCAUGGACAGUCAGGAGACACCACUAGACAUGCCCAGUCUGGUCAUGGACAAGCCACCAGGACAGAGUCCAGUAGGGCUACAAGAAGGGGAUCCAGUGUCAGUGAGUCCAGUGACACUGAAAGGCACUCUGGAGUCCCACAGAAACACGCAGGAUCCUCUCAUGGCCACUCUGGAUCUCAACAUGGAAAGUCAGGAUCAACAGCUAAAGGGACACAGGGAACUACUCAUGGACAGUCAGGAGACACCAGACAUGCUGGGUCUGGGCACGGACAAGCCACCAGGACAGAAUCCAGUAGAGCUACAAGAAGAGGAUCUAGUGUCAGUGAGUCCAGUGACACUGAAAGGCACUCAGGAGUCCCACAGACACACACAGAAUCCUCUCAUGCCCACUCUGGAUCUCAACAUGGAGAGUCACAAUCCACAGCUAAAGGGAGACAGGAAACUACCCAUGGACAGUCAGGAGACACCAGACAUGCUGUCUCCGGGCAUGGGCAAGCAACUAGGACCGAAUCCAGUAGGGCUGCAAGAAGAGGAUCUAGUGUCAGUGAGUCCAGUGACACUGAAAGGCAUUCAGGAGUCCCACAGACACACGUAGGAUCCUCUCAUGCCCACUCUGGAUCUCAACAUGGAGAGUCAGGAUCCACAGCUAAAGGGACACAGGGAACUAUUCAUGGACAGUCAGGAGACACCAGGGGACAAGCUAGGUCUGGUCAUGGACAAGCCACCAGGACAGAGUCCAGUAGGGCUACAAGGGGAUCCAGUGUCAGUGAGUCCAGUGACACUGAAAGGCACUCUCGAGUCCCCCAGACACACGCAGGAUCCUCUCAAGCCCACUCUGGAUCUCAACAUGCAGAGUCAGGAUCCACAGCUAAAGGGAAACAGGGAACUACUCAUGCACAGUCAGGAGACACCAAUAGAGAUGCUCAGUCUGGUCAUGGACAAGUCACCAGGACAGAAUCCACCUGGGCUGCAAGAAGGGGAUCUAGUGCCAGUGAGUCCAGUGACACUGAAAGGCACUCAGGAGUCUCACAACCACAUGCAGGAUCCUCUCAUGGCCUCUCUGGAUCUCAACAUGGAGAGUCAGGAUCCACAGUCAAAGGGAGACAGGGAACUACUCAUGGACAGUCAGGAGACACCAGGGGACAUGCUGGAUCUGGGGAUGGACAUCCCACCAGGACAGAAUCCAAUGGGACUGGGAGAAGGGGAUCUACUGUCCAUGCGGCCAAUGACAAUGAAAGGCACUCAGUUUUGAGCCAUGGGCAUUCCGGGUCUGUCCCCAAACACACUGGUACUGAUACAACUGGAAAGUAUAAAUCUAGGAAUGAACAGUCAGGAGAUAGUUCUAAACAUUCAGUCAUAGAUCAAGGGCGGACAUCAAUUCAUAAGCAACCAGUUUCUAGAAGUUCACAGAAUUUUGGGUCCUCCCAUGAGCAGACAGGAGACAAAUCUACAUCAUCAGGCUCUGUUCAGGGACAUACCACAUCUUCCCAUGGGCAGUUAGGAACUGGCACAAUAGAGAGACAUGGGUCCAGCCAUACACAGUCACGUGAUACUCAUAGGCAGUCCAAGGAUAGCAUAAGGAAACAGUCACAUAGCAGUCAUCCCCAAUCUAGAAUAAGUCAUUCUCAGUCACAGAUUAGUGGAAGACAACGACAUGGAUCAGGUCAAGGAUGGAAACAUGGCAGUUAUGGAAAUGCAGAAUAUGACUAUGGGCAGUCUGGGUAUGGACCUUCUGGGGGCAGCAGAACAAGCAGCUGCAAUUCUAGCCCUUUGCAGUCAUUAGAUAGAGCUGCAAACAAUCAAGUGUCUACACAUGGACAAUCAGUUUCUAGGUUUAACCAUACAGGAUCAAAAGCAACUGAAAUAGUAGGAAGACAAAGCUCAAGUCAUGGACAGUCAAUUGAGUCCCAUAAUAAGUCUGGAUCCAAUGUAACUAGAAGGCAGGGAUCUAUUCAUGGGCAUUCAGUAGUAAACCACGAACCAUCAAGUGACACCCAUGUUCCAUAUGGAAGGCAGGGAUCUACUACUCAUAGGCAGCCAAGCAAUCAUUCUGUAUCCAGCCAUGGAGAGUCCAUAUUAGCUCACAGCCAUUCAGCAUUUAGUUCAACUCUAAAGCAUGGAUCCCAUAGUGAUAAUAAAGAGCAUUCAGAAGAUUGGGGGAAACAGAUUCAUGAACCAUCAGGGUCUAGGCAUGGACAAUCAGAAUUCAGCACUAUAGGUAUACAUGGAUCCAGCCAGCAGCAUUUGGGAGAUACAUCUUCUCAUGAGCAGGAAAGAUCCAGCACAAGUUUAGUAAGACAGGGAUCAAGUAAUAGACAAUCAGGAGACAUCCAGGGUCAAUCUGGAUUCAGCACCAAUGAAAGACAAGUAUAUAGCCAUUGA